CAGCAGAACCUCUUGUGCCAUGUGUCUUCUUCUCACCCGCCACCUCUUCCAGCCCAGUUCAGGGUCCUAGGACCCAACCACCCCAUCACCACUGUUGUGGGAGAAGAUGUUGUGCUGCCCUGCCACCUAUCCCCCAGGCUGAACGCCGAGAACAUGAAGGUGAGGUGGUUCCGGUCCCAGUUCUCCAUCUAUAUCCACCCCUACCACAGCGGGCAGGACCACUACUCCUCCCAGAUGCCCAAAUACCAGGAGAGGAUGGAGUUUUUAAAAGAGGGCAUCUCUGUGGGGAAUGUCUCCUUCAGGAUCCUCAGGACCAGGCUGAGCAAUGAGAGACAAUACCAGUGUCUCAUCAAGGAUGGGAAUUUCUAUGAAGAAGCCAUGCUGGAGCUGAAGGUGGCAG